AUGCUGAGCUGUGCCCUAAUCCAUUCCUCUUCCUUUAAUCAAGUGGUCAAAUUAGGGGGGCUUGGGAGGGGAGGGGUUUCCCUGAAGAAGGAAGCCUUUUGGAUUUUUCCUCAAGCUGCACUUCUGGGUAAAUCUCCUUUUUCUGAAAUCAAUCUCACAUAUCCAGCUGAGAGUGAGCCAACUGGUUGUGGAAGCACAAUUCUCACUUUAGGCCAUCAUGUCCUGGGCAGUUUCCACUUGGGUUUAAAUGCUGCAUCCUGGGAACUGCAUGCUCUGGAAGCAACACUUCUGUAUUGUAAGUCACCCUCUGCAUCUUUCUGA